CGCUCGCGGCCGGAGCCUGGGGCCGAGUGGCUCUGGCCGUGUAAACGGGCGAGGGAGCGGGAAGGUGGAUGCUUCAUUGUUCAGCCUCUUAGAAAGCGCUGGACGGCUGCAAAACGUCUUACAGUCGGAAGCUUUGUUUUUAUCCUAACGACCUCGAGCCGCUGACGGCAAGAAGUAUUAGGUGAUGCCAUGGAGAGUGGAAAGCCUGGUCCAGUGCAGGUGGUUUUGGUUCAGAAAGACCAACAUUCCUUUGAGCUAGAAGAGAAAGCCUUGGCCAGCAUCCUCUUGCAGGACCACGUCCGAGACCUCGAUGUGGUGGUGGUGUCGGUGGCUGGUGCCUUCCGAAAGGGCAAGUCCUUCUUUCUGGACUUUAUGCUACGAUACUUAUAUUUCCAGAAGGAAGGUGGCCAUUCAAACUGGCUAGGUGAUCCAGAAGAACCGUUAACGGGAUUUUCAUGGAGAGGGGGCUCUGACCCAGAAACCACUGGGAUUCAGAUCUGGAGUGAAGUUUUCACUGUGGAGAAGCCAGGUGGGAAGAAGGUUGCAGUUGUUCUGAUGGAUACCCAGGGGGCGUUUGACAGCCAGUCCACCGUGAAAGAUUGUGCUACUAUCUUUGCUCUCAGCACCAUGACUAGUUCUGUUCAGAUUUAUAAUUUGUCCCAGAACAUUCAGGAAGAUGAUCUUCAACAGCUACAGCUCUUCACGGAAUAUGGUCGUCUGGCGAUGGAUGAAAUUUUCCAAAAACCCUUCCAGACACUGAUGUUUUUGGUUCGAGACUGGAGUUUCCCUUAUGAAUACAGCUAUGGGCUACAAGGAGGAAUGUCAUUUUUGGAUAAGCGUCUCCAAGUGAAAGAACAUCAACAUGAAGAAAUUCAGAAUGUGCGAAAUCACAUUCACUCGUGUUUCUCCAAUGUCACCUGUUUCCUGCUGCCACAUCCAGGACUCCAGGUGGCCACAAGCCCGGACUUUGAUGGGAAAUUGAAAGAUAUUGCCAGUGAAUUCAAAGAGCAGUUACAGACAUUGAUACCGUUUGUAUUAAACCCUGCUAACUUAAUGGAAAAGGAGAUCAACGGCUCAAAAGUCACCUGUCGGGGGCUACUGGAGUAUUUUAAGGCAUAUAUUAAAAUUUACCAAGGAGAAGAUCUGCCUCACCCCAAAUCCAUGCUUCAGGCCACUGCUGAAGCCAACAAUUUAGCAGCUGCAGCCUCUGCCAAGGACGUUUAUUAUAACAACAUGGAGGAGGUUUGUGGGGGAGAGAAACCUUAUUUGUCUCCAGACAUCCUAGAGGAGAAGCACUGUGAAUUCAAACAGCUUGCUCUAGAGCAUUUUAAGAAGAUCAAGAAGAUGGGUGGGAAGGAUUUUAGCCUUCGUUACCAGCAGGAGCUGGAGGAGGAAAUCAAGGAACUCUACGAGAACUUCUGCAAGCACAAUGGUAGCAAGAAUGUCUUCAGCACCUUCCGAACCCCUGCAGUGCUCUUCACGGGCAUCGUGGCUUUGUACAUAGCCUCGGGCCUCACUGGCUUUGUUGGUCUUGAGGUUGUGGCCCAGCUGUUCAACUGUAUGGUUGGACUGCUGUUAAUAGCACUUCUCACCUGGGGGUACAUCAGGUAUUCUGGUCAAUACCGUGAGCUGGGCGGAGCUAUCGAUUCUGGUGCAGCAUAUGUAUUAGAGCAGGCUACUUCUCAUAUUGGUAAUUCCACUCAGGCUGCUGUGAGGGAUGCAGUUGUUGGGAGACCACCCGUGGAUAAAAAAGCUCAAUAGCAUCUUAACAAGAGAAUCCAGCGAGAACCCGACUAGUCCCUGCUGAUUACUGGGUUUCUGCCGCGGCCACAGGCUCAGGUCCAGAGGGAUGCAGAUCUGGGACCAUCUGGGAAGAGCUGAAACAUGGCACUAAUAAACAAACAGACCUGUCCCGUGGUUUCAAAUUCUUAAACACACUUCCAUUUCUAUUGGGAGCAUUUCUUUUCUUUGCUGAUGUAGAUCUAAGCUUGUGUCUAUUUUCUUAAUACUCUCUGCUUUGUGCACUUUAUGGGGGGCAAGCUAAAGAAAAAAACGGAAAUGUGGUUUUAAGUCCUUUAUGUGCCACUUAGUGCCUUUUAAGAUUGAAUUCGUGCUUUUGAAGACAUGGUAGGGAGGGGAUUGAGGUUAACCCCAUGAAAGAUGUGGUUUUGGGGUGAAACUUGUCAGUUCCUUUAUACCUUACUCUUUUGAGAAGGAUUCCUUUUUUAAAAGUUUACAAAACUUGCAAAAGCUUCAGAACUAAAGACUGAAAAUAAUGCCAUCAUACUUUUAAAACCUUAUAAUAUUAGAGAAUCCUGUUGCCACAUAAUGUGGAAAAAUCAUACUAUAUUUAAAUCUACCAUACACUGAAAUUUAAGGUCUUUUACCUAACAGACUGGCAGUUUUAUUGGAACACAUUCUUUUUUUUGCCUUCAGUCCUGUAGCUUCUUUCUAGAAAAGAGGCAAAGAUGCCUUGAGAAGCCAGAGCAGGUCAUAAUAAAAGAAAUAACUUGAUAUUUAAGAAAAAAGCUUGAAUCUUAAGUGAACCGUGUGACCUCUGAUAAGUCACUUGAACUUGUGCCUUGGUCAGAUUCACUGUUCGUUGGUUUAUGUACGUGUGUGUUUUCUUCCUCACUCACACGGUUGUCAUUUGAGAGGGUUUGUUUUUGAGAGUUCUGCAUAAGAACAGAACUUUAUUAAGGAUUAGAGGAAAGACAUUACCAAACAUUACUGCCUUUCAUUGGUGUCCUGUUUCAUGUGGCUUAGCAGUAAAUCAGGUCUUUAUCCAAAACAUUUAUUUACAUUCUCCUAUGCACUGUUUAGUAUUUUUAAUAAUAAAGCUAAAACUGUCGAUUUUAUUUAUCGAAUCUUUCUUUCUUUAACUUUACUUGACUAGUCUGGUAGCUUUAAAAUAGAUUUGGCUUAGUGAGGACCAAAGUCCCACCCAACUAUGGACAAUACCUAGAAGUAUCUAAGAAUUCUUUUUUAUUUACCUUGAUUGUGUGAUAAAAAAUUUUUAUCUAUUAGUUGCCGUUUUGUUUGAUUUAUAAUGGGGAAUUAUUGUGGAUUUUAAAACUUCAUAAAACUUGCCUGCAAACGUGUAUAUAAACAUCCAGGUAUGUGAGCCUUAAUUCUUAAGAUAAUUUCUGUUGUGGGAGGGAGGUGGGAAGGCUUAGGCCAAAUCUGAGCGUAAAUUCUACAUACGUGAAGUAUGAAUGGAAGGUGGAAGGAAGAAAGUCUCUGCUAGCAUGUAAUCUUUAUCAAAGAAUUUUCUUUUGACUACUUUAACACUUUACCAUGCAAGUAUUUUUAUAAGUCCUGAAUUAAUUGCAAGCAUUUUAUAUUUUUUUCAUAUUUACGUACCAUCUUGCCUUGAAGUUCUUGCUUUUCUAUUUAAUUGCCGUUAAAUAUUAGAAAAAUUCCAGCUUGUUCUAAAAACUGUUUACUUGCAUAUCUGAUGCUUAGCUUUGACUGUUAAAUUGAAAGCUUUGUUUUGAGAUUUUGGUGCAUUUUCAGUUGGCCUCUCAUCUUCCUGAAGGUUCAUACUUAGUAGCUAAAGGCCUUAUAGAUGUUGAGAUUCUUAGCUUUUAAUGCAUUUUUAAAGCACAUUUAUAGAUUUCAGAAUAAUUGUCUAAAGUGAUCCUACUUUUAAUGGUGAGACAAUGAUGAUGUGUCUAAAACAUUUUAAUACUAAAGUAUUUGAUUUUUUUUAAAUUUAAAAAUGUGAUAAUGUAUAAUUUAAUGAAAUCUUAGGAUUUAGUUACUGUUUCAAUUCACCAUUUCUGUUUUGAUCUUAAAGGAAUAACUUGGUUUAAUUACCCUGGGGAAGCCUUAUUUUUUUGUCUUUAUUAGGUAACUUAUUCUGCCUCUGGAAAGUGUUUAUAAAGUUUUCUGAGUGAGGAUUCUUAUGAGUUUUAUUUGGCUCUUUUCUCCUUUAACAGUAAAUUGAUGGUUUUAUAUCAGCUUUUUCAGUAGAAGAUGCAUUCCCAUUGCUGACUAUAAGUAGUCUGGGGGAGAUUUAUAACCAGGUUGCAAAGAAUGUCUUUUACCUUGUAACUUCCCGCAGCCUUUAAUCUGUGGUUCAGGGACAUUGCCUAGGAGCCCAGACUAAGUGUUGGCUGGUGUUAGUUGCUCUGCUGCUCCCGGCCGGCCUUUCCACCCGGGCAUUCUUAAUUUGCACAUUCCUAACAGUAUAUGGGGUAUGCUCCUAUUAACAUAUAAAAGGAGGUUUCCAAAACUUUCUAUGAAAAGAAUUCAUUUCAGGGGAAGUUAAAUGUUAGGUUUUUUGUUUUUUUAAUACUUCCAGCUAGCUUCUUAUAGUAAAAACAGUAGAAUCAAAAUUGUGAUUCUUUCACUGAGAAAUCUCUCUAGAUUGGUUUGUAGACAAAAUGAGGACAAACUAGCAUGUAUGAUGAUGGAACACCUUCAGACCAUACCUUAUUUAGCAGUGUACCAAGAAACCUGUUGGUUCCGUGGAGGUUUAUAUGUUAACACCUACUUUAUACUUGGUAACGUUGCCUGUGAACAUUGUUUUUGCAUUACCUCUUCUUUCUCUUUUCUCUUACUCACCUGAAGUAAAAUGCUUUAGGCCAACAAACAAACAAACAGAUGAAGUGCCUUGU